AUGCUAGGCAAGUUCAUCGCAGCAGUAGCAGGGACGUCGGCCAAGAUGGCCACUGAUCGUCAACAGGCCGUAGCACUCCCUUCUGCUAACCUUAGUCUUGGUGUUCUGUCAGCACCCUCGGGCUCUCCUGCUCCUAACUUCCUUACUUCUGCUGUAUCCACUAUGAUGACUGGAGUCACCAACGCUAUGGCUGUAUCAUCGGGUGCAUUAGCCCAAGUCUCUCAGAAGGAAGCUACAAUCGACAUAGGUGGCCAGUAUUGGUGGCGUCCCACCCCUCCUAGCUACACUACCAACGAGCUCUAUAUGGAUGUGGUAGAGACUAUCAACUGUAUAGUAGAUGAAGGGGGAACUAUCCUCGAUGCUGAUGUGACCGGGGAUAUAUCAGUGAUAUCCCGACUCAGUGGUCCAUGCCCUCACGCAUUACUCACUGUCCGCAACCCUCAUCUCUUUUCUAACGGCAAGGUCAAAUUCCAUCCAUGUGUCGAUGUAGAGAGAUGGCAUGAGGAACAGAAGAUGUCAUUCGUCCCUGCUGAUGGGCAAUACUCCCUCUGCACCUACUACAUCCCAAUACUAGCCGAUCCCUCAACUCGUCUACUGCCCUUACAGCUCGAUCUCAAGGCAGCACCUUGUCCGCCUAUAUGUUACUCACUGAUGGGGAUCUCUCACAGGUUUCAUUUGAUAGAGGUGGCGGCCAUAUAG